CAGACGUAUCAGCUGAUAGUUGGGUUUUGUUCUCCUGUUUCCUGGAAAAUCUACGAUGGCAGAUAACUUCACAUUGAGUGAUGGAGUUUGGCAUGACACCCUGGAAUAUUUAUGCGAUGAGAUAUUUGAUUUUACAACCAUCAACGGUUUCUUCUUCAUCUUGAUCUUCAUCUUCAGUAUCACAGGCAACGGUCUCCUAUUAUGUGUUCUUGUUUUUUACGAGAACCUGAAAAAUGCCACAAAUCUGUUCAUUUUCAACCUUAUCUGCUCUGAUUUGGCCUUCACUCUCACGCUUCCAUUCUGGGCCAUCUAUUACCUGCAUCACUGGGUCUUUGGGGACUUCUUCUGCAAAUUUGUAACUGCAGCAUACUUUGUUGGUGUGUACAGCAGUGUUAUUCUACUGACUGCUAUGACCGUGGAUCGUUUCAUAACAGUGGUACUGUACAACUGGUCCAGUACCUGGUUAACGAGGCAGAGGUACACAAUAGGUGCCUGUGCAGGCGCCUGGGUCAUCAGCAUUGCUGCAUCCCUGAGUAAUGCUAUCAAUGUACAGGUGGAAACUAACAUGGAUAAUAUUACCACGUGUGAGGCUUCCAUCGAUUCCCAUGGUGACAGGGUUGGAUAUUAUCUCCAAGUGACACUGCUCUUUUUCCUCCCAUUUGCCAUCAUUGUUUUCUGCUAUUCUGCCAUCCUCAAGACAGUUUUGCAGGCUUCAAACAGAAGAAGAUACAGGACUGUAGUUGUGAUAUUAUGUAUUGUUUCAGCUUUCUUCAUCUGUUGGGGACCUUACAAUAUGUUUCUUUUCAUUGAGAAUUUUUAUGAACCCCAAAGCUGUAAAGCAGAAGAACGCAUGGAAACUGCUUAUAAUGUUUGUCGGAUACUUGCUUUUUCUCACUGCUGUAUGAACCCUCUGCUGUAUGUGCUCUCACAGAAGUUACGAAAACAUUUGUCGGAUCUUUUAUCCUGCAAAAAUGUGAAAAGGAGACACAUGGAGAGAGAGACUGGUCAGAACAAUUCAGGUUUUCAAAAUGCUAUGGAGCUGUCUGCAAAUGCUUUUAAGUAACAUAGGUGGCAUUUGAAUAAUUUUACCUUAGGCCUAUACAUUUUCUUAAAAAUAUGUCUGUGUAUAUUAAUGUUUAUAUAUUUUAAUAUGCCAAGUAAAUAAUGCACAUAAUAAUGUGUGGCAAUGCUUUCAUUGCUACACUUUCUCAGGCCUUGUGAAUAAAUUGUUGUCACUGUAAUAUAUUUUAAUAAAAUGCACUGCAGUUGGAAUCCAGCUGAACUGUUUUCACAUCUUUAUUUUUCCCAGUCAGUUGUUGUGGCAUACUGUGAUAGACUGGAUUUAAAAUGUUGCUGUGCAAUUGUUUUCCUCUGGGAAAAGGCCUAGACUAAGUAAACCAAACAAAAGAUGAAUAAUACUGUAGAACUGCUGAGAAAAACAGUCGGCAGUACCUGAGGUGAUACUAUGACCUUUGGCAUUUUAUCUUUUUGAAUUAGAACUGCGGCAUAUUUAUUCACAUGUAUUCUUUUUGGGAAAUUUGUUUAUGUAAAAACUUGAAUGGAAAACCUUGACAAUUUGUUAAAAAAAACAAACAAUGGAUGGUAUAAUAACAUGAUGGCAUUGUAGAGCUUCCUAUAGUAUUUUA